GGGACGUUCCUCGCGCAUUGUGACUGGUUCUUGGGUCACUGAAACUCCAACCCACCCGUGGAUGGAGGCAACAGCAUCCACCGGGCAUCUGGCUUGUGAAUGAAAGACUUGCAGCCCUUCUCUCCACUUCCGGUGUCCACUUUCCACUCUCCGGCUCCGUCAUCUACUACUAGAAGGUAUCGCAUUAUUAUUCAUCUCCACGGCUGUUGCUGCGCUCUCUCUCUCUCUUACUCUUCCUCUUCCUCUUCCUCUUCCUCUCUCUCUCGCGCUCUCGCCUUCUCAUCUUAUUAUUUCCCCUCUCCUCUUAUUACUUCUCCGGGCCCCCUCCCCAGUCUGUUUUCUUAUCUCCCUCCCGGCUGGAAUCUUGUUCCAAUUCUAUCUAUCAUCAUUUUUUAUACCUUUUCUUUUUUUGAUUUACCGUUAUUGAUUGCAUUUUAACAUUGCCUUUUUCUUCUCUCAAGUCAGCCUACCAGCGCGUCAUGUGCAUCGGGAGGGUCUAGCCCCCCCUCGCCGGUCAAGCCAUCAGCAUCAUCAUCCUGCAUCCUCACAUCCUCGCUCACCCAUUCCUUCGGAUUCGCCUCCUC